AGUUCUUUGGUAAAUCGAGCUCCGAUCGAUCGUCGAGUCAUUUCGAUCGAAGUGAAUAGGCCGAAGAAAGUGCAGGCUACGUUCUCGGUACAAAACUUGUGGAAGGAAUCGUCACGAAACGCUGUGCAAUCGAUCGAAAUUCAACGGGAUUUAAUUUAAAUCUCGCCGAUACGUGGACUUUGACAGAACAUUUCACGCUUGGAACAAGAUUCUGGAGCUGCCGAUUAUUUUACCACCACCACCGCUCUCCGCUACUAUCGUGUGUUGCAUUCCUCUACCGCGAGAACGGUCAGUAUUUAUAGCCAACUGCAGGCGUACUUGUGAAUAACAUUCUACGAGAUCUGAAAUAAGCGAUACCUGUGGAGCAUCGGAGUCAUCUCUUUCAUUAAUUGAUACAAUUUGCUACUAAAUUGUCGUGUGUUAUCGAACAAUGAAGUGUGAACAAUAAGCUGUUAGCUAGUUAGCACGAUAGCGAUCACCGGCCAACCGCGCACGUCAGGAAUUACGUAAGGUGCCAAAGGCUAUCGGAUGUAACGUAUAUUGACACGAAACACCGGCAAAUUCACUAUAAAUCAACAUGAAGGUGUUGCUGUCAGUUCUUCUCACAAUUUUGGCUUGCGAUCAAGCCGCUAAUGGUUUACGAAUCCUUGGUCUGUUCCCGCUACACGGCAAAAGUCAUUGGAUCAUGCAAGAGGCACUGAUGAAGGAAUUGGCGAAACGUGGCCAUCAGGUGGACGUGGUCACGCAUUUUCCGCUGAAGAAGCCGAUACCCAAUUAUAAGGACAUCAGUUUAGAAGGCAGUCUUCCAAGUGUUGUGAACAAUAUGUCCGCGGUAGAAGUAUUAAGAUUCCAGACUCCGAAUGUCGCCUACUUAGUUCAAAUGGCUGGAACGCAACUUUGCGAACUGUUGAACCACCCAAAGUUGCAAGAGCUGAUCAAGAACCCACCACAAGAUCCCCCCUAUGAUCUCAUCGUUACAGAGUCGUUCGCAGCACCGUGCUUCCUAGCCUUUGGCCGUCAUCUCAAAGUCCCAAUAAUUGCCACGGUAGCCAGCGUCUUUCACGAUUGGCUCAACGAAGUGUCCGGCAAUCCAGCGAAUCCUGCUUUCGUCCCGAGCUUUUUCUCGACACACAGCAGCAGCAUGAAUUUCAAGGAACGAUUGACAAAUGCCUUUUUAUCCAAUUAUCUCUCCUGGCAAUUUCAUUAUCAUUCAAAUAAACAAGUGGCAAUUGUAAAGGAACAUUUUGGCCUGGACUUGUCGUGUAUCAAGGAUUUAUAUAACGAUAUAGCUGUGUACCUAGUCAAUUCUCAUCAUUCGUUAAACGGAAUCAGACCGAUGACCACUAGCGUGAUCGAGAUCGGCGGUAUGCAUCUCAAGGACGAUAAUCCGCCGUCGCCGGAAGUGCAAAAAUGGUUGGAUGAAAGCAAGGAUGGCUGCAUUUACUUUACGUUCGGUUCCAUGGUAAGAAUCGAAACUUUCCCUAAAGAAACGGUGCAACAAUUUUACGCGGCUUUCGAAAAGAUCGCACCGGUUCGCGUACUGAUGAAGGUAGCGAAAAAAGAAGAUCUGUUACCAGGAUUACCAAAGAACGUCAUGACACAGUCGUGGUUCCCACAAAUCUCCGUUCUCAAGCAUAAAAACAUCCGAGCUUUCAUUACGCACGGCGGGGUCUUUAGUACGCAAGAGGCAAUUUAUACUGCAGUUCCGAUGAUUGGAGUCCCCCUGUUUGGCGAUCAAGCUAUCAACAUUCAAAAUUAUGUCAAUAAGAAGGUGGCCGUUUCGCUUGACAUAAGAAAUAUUACUGAGGCAAAAGUAACUUCGGCAUUAAAUACUAUCCUGAAGGAUCCCUCCUACAGUGAGAAUAUACGAAAACUAUCGAACAAGUUCCUCGAUCGACCACUGAGUGCCAUGGAUACGUCUGUAUAUUGGAUAGAAUACAUCGGAAAAUAUGGAAACGUUCUUCGAUCGCCAGCACUUGAUCUCUAUUGGUGGCAACGGGAACUACUGGACGUUUACGCCUUUAUUUUCGGCAUAAUGGCUGUAGGGCUUUACGUUGUGCUGUUUAUUCUUUGCAAAAUAAAGAAGUGCUUGUGUGGAUCGCGCACUUGCGCAAAGAAGGACAGUGCAGCGAUGAAGUCGAAGAAGAACAAAUGAAAGUAGUGUAUAUAUAAAUGACAUUUCUUUCUGUUUUAGUAAAUUCACACAACAUUCUUCUUCUUAACAUGUACCAAAAAAGUUCCAAAAUAAUUUGCUAAGUAUAACAUUUAAUGUUAUGUAGUCUUUUAUAAGCUACACAUUUUAAUAAAAAAUAAAAAAAUUUUAACAAAA